AUGAAGGUUCAGCGAUGGUCCUUCUCUCAUCAUAACGUGCGGGUGUCGACUCGACCGUCAUGUGUCGCUCUUCUCUCCAAUGCUUUCAGCAACACAUCCAGAUCCCUGUCCAGCUCCACAGACAGCCCAGUGGUAUCUGCGACACCAGAAAGCCAAUACCGCCCUCUAGAAUAUCUCCAAGAUGCCCGGAUAGAAGUGUUCCGCGAGAGGUACUUCCGACCAGAAAUUCCCGUUCUCUUCCCCCGCGGACACUUUCGCGACGUCCCAGCCUUUGAGCGAUGGUUCCAACCGUCACCCUCCCCAGACUGCAAGAUCGCCCAAUUGAACACGAAGUAUCUGGAAGAAAAUGCCAGUGAUGCGCUCGUCCCGCUCGAACUCACGCAGUUCUCCCUUGAGCCACCAUCCAAAGCCAACGAGCUCAGCUUCCGGCAGUUCCACGCUCCGUUGACCUUGUUCCUGGAAUGGAUGCGCACAGCAGAGAGCCAGCCGCAGAGAGCCCGAUUAUACCUGGCGCAAUGCCAGCUGCUCGAUCUUCCAUCCGUGCUUCGGGCCGAUUUCCCCACGCCCGAGGUUGUUCUACAAGCAGACAAAGGCGACCUCUAUGAUACGAACGUAUGGAUCGGCCAUCCGCCCACGUACACGCCUUUACACCGUGACCCGAAUCCGAACCUCUUCGUCCAGCUUGCUGGGCGCAAGGUGGUCCGUUUGUUGCCUCCAGAUGCCGGACAGAGGGUAUUCGCAUCGGUCAGGCGGCGUUUGGGUCGGAGCGGGAACCGCGAGGCGGCUGUCUUUCGGGGGGAGGAGAUGAUGCAGGGGCAGGAGAGGGCGCUGUUGGAACAGGCGGUGUGGAGCGAUGUUGGCCUGGGUGAUGCUGGAACCGGGACGGAUGGAGGGUAUGAAGCGAGAUUAGAAGCCGGCGAUGGGCUAUUUAUCCCGAAAGGAUGGUGGCAUAGUAUCAAGGGAGUGGGAGAAGGUGUCACUGCAUCGGUCAAUUGGUGGUUUCGGUGA